CUAAAAGUGUAAUUAAGUGAACUAAUAAAUCCUUCACCUCGUUCACGGUCGUCACAGAGACUGGAGAACACAACGACAGAUGGCUGAAGAAUCUGAAAAAAGGUUUGAAGCAAUUAUGAAGAAGCUCUUUCAUCCUCCUCCAAAACCUAAACCCACCUCCCAAAACAUCAGUAGUGAAGUUCAGACAUUGAGUGGCCGAAAGCGCCCUCAUUCUUCCUUAAUGGGUGAGAAAAUAGGAAGCCCAGCUAAGCCGGCUCAAGCCUCGGCUUGCAGGCCUUGGGACCGUGAUGAUUUCUUUAGGAGGUUAUCCACAUUCAAGUCGACUACCUGGUUCGCAAAGCCACAGGUGGUGAGCCCCUUGGAAUGUGCUAGGAGGGGUUGGAUUAACAUAGACAUGGAUACAAUUGCUUGUGCCUCUUGCGAUGCACUUGAGAAAGCUGCUGCUGUAUUCAGCUUGAAGCUGGAAAGCGGGCACAAAUUGUUGUGCCCUUGGAUUAAUAAUGCGUGUGGGGAAGAACUUGCUCAGUUUCCAGUUGUAUCAAGCACUGAGUUGAUUGAGAAUUACAAAAAACGCUUUCUUGCUCUGUCGAAUCUGAUAGCCCUUCCAGUUAUUUCGCCUGUGGCCAUUGCUAAAAUGAGAAGCUCUAAGCUCGAGCAAUUUCUAGGACAGUCUUCAACUUCAGAGUACCAAGAGCCUCUUGAAAGUUCUGGGACAAAGCUUCCGGAACACGUACCUGAGACAAGUUCGUCCGGCUUGUAUUAUCAGGUGCUGAAGCUCACGAGUCUACUCGGCUGGGAACCUCAUAUAUUGCCUUAUAAAGUUGACUUCAAGGAUGGGCGAGUUCCGUUCAUUAGAGAUGCCAAUACAGCAGUCACAUCAGGAAAAUUAACGAAAAUUAACGUCUAUUCUCUGUGUACUAAUGAGGGCACCAACACUUUUCAUGAUCUCCAGCUCGAUCCUAGUUCAGUGGUUCUUGAUUGCAACUUAUGUGGUGCGAGUGUUGGAUUAUGGGAUUUUUGCACUACCCCACAGCCUCUUGAGUACUUAAGAUUCGUAGGAAUUACAGAAAUUACGAGUAAAAAUGUCACGGUCCCUUUUACUUCUUCUUCAUUAGGUUCUACAAUUGCCGGUGGACCUCCGCCUGCAAUGCUCGAUUAUGGGGCAACCAUAUCUUUACCGAUAAUCGGGCCGAAUUUGAGAGCUCGGCUUGCGAUGGAGAAGGGAUCGAACGAUCAAUUAGCUAUUCAGAAAGUUCAUGAAGUGGAGGGUCAAACAAUGUCCUUAGAAAGUCAAAGUAUCUUGGAAGAAGGAACUGCCGAUCAAAAUUGUGAACACAGCAGUAAGUAUCCAAAUAACUCUCUGGACAUUCAUGGAGAAGGGCCAUCUGUAAAGGAUAAGCCUGUGUUGUUAAGCAUAAGAGAAAGUGAGAAAUUAUCGCCUUCUAGCAAAACAAAGGAAUUCGAUCCAAUCAAGCAGCACAGGUACUUUUGUCCCUGGAUUAUGUCGACUGGAAAAUCUUCUCCUGGAUGGCAACAGACAUUAUCUGCUUUAAUGGACCACAAGGAGCUCGACAAACUGCCUCCAUCUACCUUGAUCGAGGUGGAUGAUGAUCCAGUGGCCUCUGUGAAAAGACUAUUUAUGAGUCCAAAUUAGAGAGAACCAGAUAGAAGCUGGAGGCAUGAAAAACUGCAAUUUAUGGUGUGGUCUCGAGUUUUGAAAAUCUGCACGGCUCGACUAAUUGGUGGGGCCCACAUGAAUGACGAUAACAUGCAGCCCAAGUGGAUGUAAAACCAGAUACAGUGUUAGUAUGUACCAAGAAAUUAAUGCUCAAGGUGAUCCAACACCAGCACAAUUCGGAACCGAUUAGAGUUUUUUUUCGUGUGAUGAUAUAUAUCUUGUUUGGUUCUGAUGAAUGCACAGAUAGGGUUAUGAUGAAUGCUACUCCAGAAUCUGGAUCAGUAAGUUUAAUUCGAUCAAUAUUCACUAAUAAUUUGAGUCCCAAGAAAAAUCUGUAGCAAAUCAGAUUAUUCAGACAGGCUUAUGUACACAAAUCAAUUCUUUUCAUGUGAAAACAUUUAAAAGAUAAGAAAAUGUCCG